AUGACUACUUCAUGUGUUCCUUCUCGCAAGGCUCUGAGCAAGAUCACGACGAAUAGGCUUCAGAAAGAGCUUGUUGAAUGGCAGAUGAAUCCACCCACUGGCUUCAAACACAAGGUCACUGAUAAUCUCCAGAGAUGGAUAAUUGAAGUUAUUGGAGCUCCAGGUAAUCUGUACGCCAACGAUACCUAUCAGCUUCAAGUUGAUUUUCCUGAACAUUAUCCUAUGGAGUCACCACAAGUGAUUUUUCUUCAUCCAGCUCCUAUGCAUCCUCACAUUUACAGCAACGGGCAUAUUUGUUUAGAUAUUUUGUAUGAUUCUUGGUCUCCGGCCAUGACGGUGAGUUCCAUCUGCAUCAAUAUCCUCUCCAUGCUGUCAAGCUCAACUGAAAAGUGACGACCAACCGACAAUGACCGCUAUGUGAAGACCUGUAAGAACGGAAGAUCUCCAAAGGAGACCCGAUGGUGGUUCCACGACGAUAAA